CAGAUAUGCUUAUGGUUGCUGUGCAGGAUGAUUGAUGGCUGAUAGCCAGGAACUGUGGCGUGCGCGGUCGCUGUCCUCGUUCGUGAUCGGCCCGCCUACACAUGUCGACAGAUCUCCUUCUCGCCUGAAUGUCCCUCAUUGCCUUCUCCUCUCCUUUCUCCCCCUCCGUUUACCUCCUCCCCCGACGCCUCCAUGUUCUCCGGCGACGCCGACGACCCCCUCUCCCGCGCCCUCCAGCCCCCGCCCGACGAGUCCCCUGACGACCGCGCCCUUCGUCUCCAGCAGCAGAAGGAGGCACAGGCCGUCUCCCACAAAAUCGACGAGGAUAUCCAGGAGUCCAAGAAGGCGUUUGACAGGAGAAAGAAGGCCGUGAAGAUCCUUCUCUUGGGACAGGCGGAAUCAGGCAAGAGUACCACUUUGAAGAACUUCCAGCUAGCCUUCUCGCCAGCUCAUUUCCGCAACGAGCGCGCGGCGUGGAAGACGAUCAUCCAGCUGAACCUCAUAAGAUCCAUCAAACGCCUUGUGGAGGUUCUACAAGAAGAAUGGGAGCAGUCCGUCGCAUCCCUACGUCCAGACAAGGGCAAGGGCGUUGCAGGCCGCAGCCCUCCCGCGCCGACUGUCCGCUUCUCGACAUCUCCUCUGACCGACAACCACCGGCGCAUACGCAUGCGAUUGUCUCCUCUGCUUGCUGUCGAGGAGCAGCUGACAAAGAAGCUCCUGCCUGAGGCUAAUGAUAAGUUGCAGGACGUAUGCGUGCGCGCCGGGAGCGGGUGGAAGGGCGUGAUUGCUACGAUCUCAGCGAAUUACCCAGAGAAGCGGCCGGGUGCGCCUGACCCACGCGCAAAGGAUGACCCGACGGCAAUGCUGGCGGCGUUUAAGGAAGAUAUUGUGUCACUCUGGGAGGACCCGGUGGUGAAAGCAGUGCUCAAGAAGCACAAUGUCCGGCUGCAGGACAUGCCAGGCUUCUUCCUAAAUGAUGCCGCGCGGAUAGCAACCGUCACCUACGAACCAACUGACGACGACAUUGUACGUGCACGGCUGCGCACACUAGGCGUAGAAGAGCAUCGGUUCACGAUGGAAAGCGGCGCACUGCCGGGCUCUGAGUGGUAUAUCUACGAUGUCGGCGGGAGCCGCAGCAAUCGACCAAUGUGGAUACCGUACUUUGACGACGUGCAAGCCAUCAUCUUCCUUGCACCGCUUGCGUUCAACUUAAUGCUGGAAGAAGAUACGAAGGUCAAUCGCCUGGAAGACUCCAUCAUGCUAUGGAAGGAGAUAUGUGGUAACCCUCUCCUCGCGAAGACGACGCUGAUUCUCUUCCUCAACAAGAUGGACAUAUUGCAGGCGACGCUCGCGGCGGGCAUCCGCGUGAACAAGUACGUGCCGAGUUAUGGCGACCAGCCAAACGAUGUGCAGCACGUCACCAAGUAUUUCAGAGACAAAUUCCGCGGUUACCAUAAACGCCUCUCACCUCAAAUGCGAUCAUUCUACUGGCAUGAAACAUCUGUCAUUGACACACGAUCUACGGCUGCCAUACUCAUUGGUGUGCGUGAGGGAAUCCUUCGCGCACACUUGCAGAGUGUGAACGUCAUCUGAAGCCCUCCAAUACGAUACCCCUCACGCGCAAUUGUAUCACCGCUGCAUCAAUCUCUGUUCGCCCUCAUUUCAGUACCGCCUUGGCUGCUGCCUUCCACCGAUUGGACGCGACACGUGUAACAGUACUCUACCUGCUUACAU